AUGGCAGCAGUAAAUCAAAGGAGUAUGAGGGAUUUUGCUCGUCCGGUGGUUGAACCGAAAACCUCUAGUAUAGUUCUUGGAGAUGCUGCUAAGAAUUAUGUGCUCAAGCCUAUGCAUUUUAGCCAGCUACCUUCUUUCUAUGGAAUGCCUUCAGAAGAUGCAUUGAACUUCAUCAGAGAGUUCUAUUCUGUGGUUACUGAUUUUCCUCCACAAGGACUCAACACGGAUCAAUUGAAGAUGAAGUGUUUUCCAUACACUUUGAAGGACAAAGCUAAGGUGUGGUUCAUGUCUCUUGAACCAAAUUCUCUACGGAAUUGGGAUGCUGUUUACGAGAAAUUCAUGGCUAAGUACUACUCCAACCAGAAAACUCAAGAAUUGAGAGCACAAAUUGUCACAUUUGCUCAAAAUUCUGGUGAGACUUUUCAUGAGGCAUGGGAUCGAUUUCGGAGUCUUCAGCGACAAUGUCCACAUCAUCAUCUACCACCUGCAUUGCUUAAUCAGUUUUUCUAUGAUGGUUUGGCUCAAAACUUUCAAUACAUGGUGGAUAACGCUGCAGGAGGAGAUAUUGGUAAUAGGACAGCCGAAGAGGUCAAUAACAUAUUUGAGACGAUGGCCUCGAAUUCUCAACAAAAGAGUGCUAGAGGAGGAAGGAGGGCAGCCGUCAAUGAAGCUACGCCAAGCUAUGAUGUUACAAGGCAACUUGCCGAGUUGACUAGGCAAGUGGAACUUUUGAGGGUGAAAGACUCUAAAUCUCAACAAGUGAUGUCAGUCGAGACUUGUGGGAUUUGUGGAGAAUCUGGACAUGGAGCAAAUUUAUGCCCGAAAAUGGGAGAGCCUAUAUUUGAGGAUGAGGCACAAGUUAAUGCUUUGCAAGGUUUUCAACCUCGUCCUAAACUAGACCCAUUUGCUCCAACUUACAAUCCGGGUUGGAGGAAUCAUCCAAACUUCUCUUGGAGACAAAAUCAAGGUCAAUGUCCGAGUCAGAAUGCUCAGAAUUUUCAGCAGCCACAACAACCAAAUCAGCCACAGUAUCAGCAGCAACAACCGGGAUUCUAUCGACAACAGCAGUAUCCCAACCAACAAGCUCCACCGAAGAAGCCUUCAUUGGAAGAUUCACUGAAUGCAUUUAUCCAGUCAACUAAUCAAAGAUUUGAGUCCGUUGAAGCUUCAAUUAAAAGAAUUGAGACUCAAGUUGGACAGAUUGCAGGAACUGUAGGAAAGCUAGAUCAGCAGAACACCAGGGACAAGUUGCCGAGCCAUUCUGAACAGGCUCAUGCUAUUUCUAUUCUUAGGAGUGGCAAAGUGGUUGAUAACAAGGUAGAAUAUCCACAGGCUGAUGAAUCAAGUUCUCAAGAGGCAGAAUCAAGCAAGUCGGGAGAAAAGAAGGAGGAUGCAAAGGAAGAAGAGGAGAAGAAGGAUAAUGGGCUUCACAAAGCUGCUAAUCCUUACACACCACCUAUACCUUUUCCGAGCCGACUAAGAAAUGCAAAGCAAGAUCAACAGUUUAAUGACUUUUACAAGCUGCUAUCAAAAGUGAAUGUGAAUCUGCCUCUACUGGAUAUGAUUCGGAAUGUUCCGGCGUAUGUAAAGUUCUUCAAAGAACUAGCAUCGAAGAAAAGGAAAUUCGCCGAUGAUGAGAAGAUUGUGGUGUCUGAAGUGGCAAGUGCAAUAUUGCAGCAACAACUUCCACCAAAGCAGCGAGAUCCAGGAAGCUUUGUUAUCAAAAUUGCUUUGGGGAACGGGAAAGAGGCGUCAGGUAUGUUGGAUUUGGGAGCAGGUAUUAAUCUAAUGCCAUUUUCUAUAUUUGAGCAACUUGAAUUAGGGGAUCUUAAACCUACUCGUUUGUGCUUGCAAUUAGCUGAUAGGUCUGUUCGUUAUCCUAAAGGGAUUGUCGAAGAUAUAUUAGUUAAAGUUGGUGGUUUAAUUAUUCCCGUUGAUUUUGUUGUCUUGGAUGUGGGGGAUGUGAGAGAGAAUGGAAAAGAGCAUACCUUGUUGUUAGGUAGGCCGUUUAUGGCAACAACCAACACGUUAAUUGAUGUUAAGAAUGGAACUUUAUAA